AUGGACGAAACAUUCACACUCAUCCCGCUCGCCAUCGACCCUUCCACCAAAUCCAUCUCCACCUCCAAUCCCGCCCUCUCUAGCGAAAUCGACGAACUGAACAAACUCCACCGCGCAUUCGUCUCCCUCGACACGCCCAAUCAAGUCCCUCCUCCACCAGCACCAGUCAACCCAAAGCGCUCCGUGCAGAUCAACAAGAUGCGCGAAAGCGGAAAUGCCUCCUACAAGAAAGGCUCUUACGGCGACGCGAUCAAGAUGUAUGACUUAGCAAUCCGCAUGGCAUCAGAGCGGCCAGGCUGGGAAGCUUCAGGACUGGUAAGGGAGGAGCUAUCAGCGCUGUAUAACAACCGGGCGAUGGCGCAGAUGAGCCAACAGAUGUGGCCGGAGGGGGCAGUGGAUGCGGAGUUGAGUGUGGAGAUGAAGAAGGUGGGGAAUGUCAAGGGUUGGUGGCGGAGAGGGCAGUGUCUUCGGGAGAUGGGGAGGGUAGAGGAGGCGGCGGAGUGGGUGAGGGGCGGAUUGGAGUUUGAGCGGGCGGGGCCGGAGAAGGCGAAUGUUGGAGAGCUGGAGGCGUUGGGGAGGGAUCUUGAGGCUUCCUUGGCGAAGGCAUGA